GAAAUUCUUCCUAUAUGGAUCAGCCUUCUAGUGAUGGUGAAACUGGAAGAAGACCACUCUAAGCAAACCCAGGAUGAAUCGGGUGCCAGGUGAUGCAGAAAAUGCUCACAGCAGCAGUGUGGAAUCCUGUCCUUCCUUGCGGGAUGUCCACUCCAUCAACCCAGCGCAGCUGGUGGCAAGGAUUGAGUCAUACGAAGGCAGAGAGAAGAAAGGCAUAUCAGAUGUCAGAAGGACUUUCUGUUUGUUUGUUACAUUUGAUCUCUUAUUCAUAACCUUGCUGUGGAUAAUAGAAUUAAAUGUAAAAGGAGGCAUUGAGACUACCUUAGAGAAAGAAGUCCUACAGUAUGACUACUCUUCUUCAUAUUUUGAUAUAUUUCUACUGGCAGUCUUUCGAUUUAAGGUGUUAAUACUUGCAUAUGCAAUGUGCAGACUGCGCCAUUGGUGGGCAAUAGCUGUGAGUAGUAGCCAAGCAUAAUGGAGUUUUAACUAGAAUGGGUCAAACAGACAAAAUUUUUAGAUGCCUCUUAACGCUUGUAUGUUAAGAAUCAUCUUGAUGCUAUAUAUUAAAAUUUGCUGUACAGUAACAGAUUAAAAACUUCUGUUCUGGACGAUUUGCAGCCUAAAGCAAGAAUUUAAUAGCACAUUGGGUGUGGUCCUUACACUAUCAUGUUAACACAAAUUGAAGACUUAUUUUGAAUCCAGUAUGGAUGGCUAGUCGUAACUGCUUGUUACGUCUGACUUGUUAAUUAAUGUUUUAAAUAUAUUUGCACAUGAAAUAGUGAACUGUAUUUCAGAAAGCAGACUUGGUGUUAUUUUACCAGAGAUCCA